AAGAGGAGGAGGAGGGAACCGGAGCAGGAAGGAAGACGGGCAGGCAGGCAGGCGGUGAAUGCUAACAAGCUCCGCUGUAACCAUAAAGCUCCGUAGGCUCGGGUUUGACCAAACAUAUGGGAUUGAAAAGGACCGACGAGCGCUAAUUGAGUCCUAAUAUGCGCCAGUGCCGCGUUCACCCUGUGCGCGUGCAACAGCCUCGCGGCCGUCGGCACCUUUGAUCUGGAAAAACCGUCUUUUCUUUUUUCUCCUGCUGAGUGAAAUGUAUCGAGAUUGCACGGGAUUCACGUUCUGACAAUGGAGAUUGAAAAUAUCGUGGCCAACACGGUUCUCCUGAAGGCGAGGGAAGGUGGAGGAGGCAAGAGGAAUGGCCGCAGUAAGAAAUGGAAGGAGAUGCUUAAACUCCCGCACAUCAGCCAAUGCGAGGAGCUUCGACGAACUAUCGAGAGGGACUUCACCAGUCUAUGUGAGAAGCAGCCCAUCGGUCGGCUGCUGUUCCGUCAGUACUGUGACACCCGGCCAGAGCUGAAGCGCUGCAUCGACUUCAUGGACGCUGUGGCCAUGUACCAGCUAGCUCCCGACGAGAAGAGGAGGGACUGUGGACUGAAUGUAUUAGACACAUACUUUAAUAACGGGUCGGCAGCCCAUCUACCCGACAUUCCCCAGGACGUUAUCGCUCGGUGCCGGGAGAGGCUGGAGCAGAGUCCAUGCAAGGAGCUCUUCAACGACUGCACCAAAAUAGUUCGCGAUUAUCUGAGCGGAGCUCCAUUUUCCUCCUACCAGGAGUCCAUGUACUUUUCUCGCUUCCUGCAGUGGAAAUGGUUGGAAAGGCAACCUGUAACCAAAAAUACCUUCAGACAUUACAGAGUACUAGGAAAAGGUGGAUUUGGCGAGGUUUGUGCCUGCCAAGUACGUGCCACCGGUAAGAUGUACGCCUGUAAAAAGCUGGAAAAGAAACGGGUGAAGAAGAGAAAAGGUGAAGCAAUGGCACUAAACGAAAAACGCAUAUUAGAAAAAGUUAACAGUAGUUUUGUAGUUAGUCUAGCUUAUGCCUAUGAGACCAAGGACGCGCUGUGCCUGGUCUUGACCUUAAUGAAUGGUGGUGACUUAAAGUUCCACAUCUACAACAUGGGAAACUCUGGCUUUGACGAGCAAAGGGCCCUUUUCUACGCUGCUGAGAUCUGCUGUGGCCUUGAGGAUCUGCACCGCGAGAGGAUAGUCUACAGAGACUUGAAGCCUGAAAACAUCCUUCUGGAUGACCGUGGGCACAUUCGGAUCUCCGACUUGGGUCUCGCUGUUCAGAUCCCUGAAGGGGAGACGAUACGAGGGAGAGUGGGCACAGUUGGUUACAUGGCUCCCGAGGUGAUCCAGAACGAGAGCUACACCUUCAGCCCGGACUGGUGGGGUCUGGGCUGUCUGAUCUUCGAGAUGAUCCAGGGCCAGUCGCCCUUCCGGAAACGCAAGGAGCGGGUCAAGCGGGAGGAGGUGGACAGACGGGUGCGCGAGGACCAAGAGGAGUACUCUGAUAAGUUCUCAGAGGAUGCGAAGGACAUCUGCAGGCAGCUCCUGGCCAAGGACCCCAAGGAGAGGCUGGGCUGUCGGGGUUGCGGGGCCACUGAGGUCAAGCAGCACCCCAUCUUCAGAAACAUCAACUUCAAACGGCUGGAGGCCAACAUGCUGGACCCUCCCUUCAUACCAGAUCCUCGAGCCGUGUACUGUAAAGACGUCCUGGACAUCGAGCAGUUCUCCACUGUCAAAGGCGUGAACCUUGACCCCACGGAUGAUGACUUCUACUCAAAGUUUGUCACAGGCAGUGUCUCCAUCCCGUGGCAGAACGAGAUGAUUGAGAUGGAGUGCUUCAAAGAAAUCAACAUCUAUGAGACCGACGGGAUGCUGUGCCCAGACCUGGACAUAAACCGGCCCAACCCUCCACCGAAGCGGGGCUUCUUCUACCGCCUGUUCAGAAGAGAGGCAAGUGCUAGCGCUCCGGCGACUGUCCGAGGGGGUGGGGGCUAAGGUCUGUCUGAAGAGCGGUUACAGUGACGACGAGACAGAAGGGCCCUCGCGACUUUAAACCACUCCGUCCCUCCGCCCGACACCCCUCCGCCGCAGAGCUUCUCCACAAUCUCCAACCGAGCGCGAGAAUCUUAGGAACUCAGUGAAUGUCGACCUGUAUUUAUGAGCUGUAUUAAAAGUGUAUUAUAGCUAAAGAAAAAAGUAUGACUUUAAAGAUUUUGUACAUUUGUACUUGAAUUUAUGUCUAGAUGUAUAUUUUCACUAAAGGUUGUAUUGUACAAAAAGCCAUAAAAGUACCACUUGAAUGCAUACAUUACCUUAUUUUUUUUUUUAAUUAUUAUUAUUUGUUAUUAUUUGGAAUGAGUAUGAAUAAUGUUCAUUAGGCGGUUUCUUUCAAGAAGCACAUUUUAGUUUCAUUAGUCUUUUUACUUUUCACAAUGUAGCAUCAGGCCUUUUUUUCCCAUUUUUUUUUAUAUGUGCUGUAUGUUUGUCCUUAACUUGAUCUUUGUUAGCACAUUAGCUCCACUUUAUACCAAACUAACUUUUAGUCGCAAAACGCCUGAAGUCGCAGGCGGAUCUCAAACUAGACCCAAGGGAUACAGUUGGAAGGUAAUCCAGGUUUUCAUCACUGUUAAAGCUGUGAUGCUUGAACUUUUCCCGGGAGUGGAACAGCUGCAGCAGCGAGUCAUUUUAAACCAUGCGUACAAUCCGUGCGACCGGAUAGGAUGAACCAGAUGUGUGUGUCCGGAGACUAGUUUGCGGUGCGUGUUCCUAGUCAUUUUUAAGAUCACAUGUAUUUAUUUUUGGGAAUCUGUGCAGCAGCUCAGUAUUAAUAAAACACAGAGCAAACGUUGAAAUCCGCAAUCGAUGUUGGAAUUUCAAAUAGAUCUUCCCUAAGCUCCAGCAGGGUUCAAAUCGUAAAAUUUGCGAUGCCUAACGGCGUUUCCAACAAGAACACACCUGCUAGUUGCAUAUCUGUUACAGUUUUUUGCUCCAAGUGAUUAUUUUAUAGUGAUUUAUGCUUUCCCCCUUUUUAAUUCAGCACUGCACUUUCUUUGGAAUAGAAGAAAAAACUAUUUGUUCUGCUGAUAAGAGUUGCAUAAGUCAUCGCUUUUUGUGUUAGAGCGCAAUACUUAAAAAAAAUAAUAAAAUCACCACCUUCAGACUCAGUAAAUCUCUGCAUACAUUCUUCCCUCAAUCGCAUGAAGCCUGAUAGUAAAAUAUCCUGAAAAACCUUUCCAUAUUGUGAUUUUUCCACUUUUAAAUUUUUGGUGAGAAGGUUUUGAGACGUUGUGCGGUGCUUUUUUUUUUUCUUUCUGUUAAAUUUUGAUCUUAUGUCUUCAGACUCUAUUCCCCCAAUAUUUCACUGGCUUGUCCAAAUGUUCAACAGAAAACUUUAGGCUGGCUUAAAUGUGCUUUUUCCUCUGCGGAGUAGUGCGUGCUACCAAGUUACAUUAAUUAUUGUUUUAAUAGAAAAACAGCACCUGCCCAUUCCAGGUCUUUCGGAAACGCUCUGUAAGUGGGCCUCGACUCUUGGACCACUUUCUGGUUAUUCCUUUUGACUCCGCUGUCUGAAAUCUUGUGGGAUGCGCCUUGUCGUGACUAGUUUAUAGUGAAAAGGUGUUGUUUCCACUACCGGGAAAAAAAACAAAACAAGUUGAUGUAUUGAGUACUUAUUUACUACAAUUGCGAUCAGCAGUUUAAAUAUGAUUUUUCUACAUUUCUCUCUUUCUGUUGAAGAAGUGUUUUUUUCCAUGUAAACCAUCAGACAAUUUCUUCCCCAUACUUUUCCUCUUAUGUUCAUUUCUAGAUUUUGCUGUAGAAGCAGAUGCCGUUCAGCCCCGCCCCGUCGCAUUCAACACCCGUUUUUAAUGCUGUGAAUACCCCCCACUUCAGCAUGAUGGCUGCACAUUUGUGUAUAUUUCACCGUUCAAUGACGCGGCUUUGCUCCACUUUGUGAAUUAGACUUCAUUAGCUCUACUUUUGUACAGUUCAGCAACUUUUAGAGAGAAAUCCAAUUCACACGAAAGCAGUCUGUAAUUAUUCAUUGCAGUUUUUAAAAAUGACAUUUGAACUUGAACAUCUCCCAGAUACGUUCAGACUUUGAGGCUGCAUACGUCUGAUAAGAUGUGCAUUGAGUUCCCAGUCGAUUAAACCAAUGUGUUCUGAAAUUUUUCUUCCCCCCCCACAGAAAUCAGAUGUGAACAUUUAGUAGUUUCUCGCUUAUUUGAUUCCUGAAUUUGUCUUUGUUGUCCUUUUUAAAAAAAAAAAAAAAAAAAGAAAUCUAUAAUUUGCUUUGCUCUCAGGCAGACUUUGAAGCUGGUUUCAUUCAUGUAGAUUUUAGCCUCAAAGCAAACUUGUAAAUUCUGUAUUUCUAACAUGUAACUAAAGCUCCGAGGUGGAAACUUAACUGCGUCCCAUCACCCAUGCCUGUAUCUUUGUUUGUAAGGUAUUUCAUAUCAAUCCACAUAGGAGUGAAGAUGCUCUAUCAGAUCCAUUGCACUGUAUGACAUGUUUUGACACAAUGACUUUGAGAAGUGUCUUUUAACUGUUCUGACAAUGAUACCAAAAGCAACCUUCUCCAGAUUAAAACAUUUUCCUUUUCUAGAAGAAUUUACUCAAGAAAAAAAAACCCAACAGCCUUUCUUAUAAAUGUGCCAAUUAACAAUUUCGUUUCUGACAUCCUGCCUUCGUAUUUUUUUUAAAUACCUCAUUUACUUCCCAUCCACUAAAAUUUCUUCAUAUAGCCUACAUAUAAAAAAGAAAAAAACUUAAAAACUUAAAUCAGCUCAACUGUUUUGAAUGUCCGCACAAAGUGCAUUGUAAUGGCUGUUUAAAAAAAACAAAAAAAACAACAAAAAAAACAUGUUUUAUUACUCAAGCAUGUAUCAAUUUGUAAUACUUCAGGAUCCUUGUGUAUGUAAGUGAUGACCUUCUUGUGCCAACAUGUGUCGCUGGUUAUCAGAGGAGGACUGUGAAUGGCCGGGAGUGACCAGUGGAGCUGGCCUGUUGGAUAACAAAUGUUCCUGGUUUGUUCCUGCCUUUCUGUCGGAGCGUUGGUGGCGAGUCAAAACUGGGAUGAGGCUCGCCAGCAAGCGCCUACAAAGUGGAAUAUCACUUGAAUUAGUUUGUAGGUAAUGCAACCUGUACAAAUUCAGAUCUUCUGUAGUUUUAUUUCUGUAGUGGGGGGUGGAGGGGGGAAGAAACAUGGAAUAUUAUAUUUACAGCAAAAGGAGGAUGAACAAAUGGAUUUUUGGUAUUCAAACAGGGAGUUGAUUUUUCUUCUUUUUUUUUCCAUGUUCAGUCUGUACAGUCAUGUUAUUCAACCACUGCAGUCAUUGUUAAUUCUUGUACAAGUUAUAUCACUGGUUGUUGUACCAUAUCUGACAUUUGUAAUUAUGAAAUAAUACACUGCCAUUUGUAUUAAAAGAGGUGUCUUAACUUG